AUGCUUUCUCGUACUGCAGGUAGCAGAACAGUCUCUUCGGCCCUCUUUCUCGACUUUCUGCUCCCAGGCGCGCGGUCAACCUCGUCCAGCGCGACGCCGACAUGGUACCAGGAACUCCUGACCGACAAACGCCCCAAGAAAGCGAAGAAGCCUCGCGUACUCAAGCCAUCCGUUGCCCAACCCUUGCAUGCGCUGCGCAGGCCUACAGACCCCACCGAGACUACGUUGAGUCCGAGUGAGCUGUGGAAAACCUGGAGCCUGGAUGCGCGGGACAGUGCUGGAAGGAAGUCGGCGAAGACGCCGGAUGGGCCGGAGGACGUCGUGGUGCCAGAUACCUCGCCUAACGUCCCCCGCCAAUUCUUGCGGGCAUUGAAGUCUGGACGCUUGGCCGAUGCUCUUGCCGCGUGGGACGAGAUGGCCAACGAAGGCACUCUAUCUGCCCUAGGUCCAGCAAGACUCACGCAGGCCUCCCGCGCCCUUGAAGCGCUCAUUGUGUCUACCCCCGAAAGCGCCACGCUCUCCGAAGAGUUCGUUCGUCUACGAGAGCCUUGCACAUAUCUUGCUUUACGGAACGAAGGCCAUGCUCUGCGAGCUUUGCUCAUAUAUCUCGUCCAAUCUCGACACGGCAUGGUGGCCACCGAGAUGUUUGUCAGCUUCCUUGACGCGUGGUCACGGCAUCUUGAGGAUGUAACAGAACCACACCUCGCUAAAAGCGAGACAGAUCUUAGCGACGAUGAGAUCUUUUUGGCUGCAUCGGCUGGUGAACGAGAAGUCGCGCCACCUCUGAUCUCGGACCUGAUGACUACGGUCGUUGUCGCGCUCUCUCUUCAUCAAGACUUCACCAGCGUCAUACGCAUCGCACUCAGGUGUGGUAGACGACCCCGUCGCCAGAGUGCAGUGGAGAUUCUGCCGCUGCUCCGACUCACGGACACUCAAGCCAAAUUGGCACAGACAUAUCUCGCCCACGCAACGACGGCCAUCAUCGCCCAAAGCCCAGCUUCUGUACGAGCUCACACGCAGAAUCUCGGAGCAAGUGGAAACGUGCCACGGCUCAACGCCUUGUACACGCGUGUUCUACAAGGACUAGGCGACGAAUAUCCGUGGGCAACGCUCGAUCCCUCCCGUGUAUCCGCACAGAGGCCCGUGCUGCUCGACGAAUCCGUCUUCGUACAGUUCAUCAAGGCGUUCUGUCAUAUCCGGCGUCUCGACUUGGUAGAAAAGCUCUGGGACGAUAUCGGUCGACUGGGCCAUGCCCAUUCCGUCGUUCUCUGGACGGGUCUCAUGCAAUACACUAGUGCUGUUAAAGGUGCCGACUACGGAAACAGGCUAUGGGGUGCGAUGCUUGCGUCAAACGUCGAACCGGACACGUUGGCGUACCAGGCGUUUAUCACCGCCUACCUCCAGGAGCGCCGUAUGCCACUGGCCGUCGAGAAAUUGGCUGAACUUGAAGCGAAGCUGAAGCGUUCACCCGCUCCUCACGAGGGUCUUUCCCUUGAACCGCUAUACAAUAGCGUGCUUCGUGGCUAUCUCAAUUCGAGGCAGCAUGACGAAGCUCUGGCACUCGUCGAACGCAUGAAACGCGAUGGACCCACACCCACCAUUGCAACAUAUAAUACGCUCAUGGCACACUACACCGAAGUGCGCGACUUCAAGUCGGUAUCUUGGGUAUUGCGGAAAAUGGCAUCGGAAGGACUUCGCGGCGAUGGCUUCACGUAUUCAACCUUGCUGCGCGCUCUGUUGGCUGUUGUUUCCCGUGAGGAAGCAGUUCAGCGGACAUUGUCCAUGAUGGAUCGGCAAGGCGUCGAGCCGAACGUGGUCACGUACAGCUCCAUCAUCACGCAUUUACUUGGCGAGCGCACCGAAGCCGCUUUCCUCGCCGCGAUGGAUAUGCUAAAGUGGAUGGAAGCAGGCAAGCGCGAGCUUGCACCAACGGUUAUUACAUACACUGCCAUCCUGAAGAGCAUCUACGAGCGGUCGGUUCUGCCGGCGACGAUCGCCAAGGAAUGUCGCGAUUACAUCCUGCAACAGAUGCGCCGACGACAAGUCGAGUUUACCGCGGUCACAUACGGAAUUCUCGUCAAGGCAUGCCUUGGGAAUGGAACUUCAGACGGGCUACGUGACGGGCUACGGUACUUUCGCGACAUGCGCGCACGUAACCUUCCGAUUUCUGCGGGAAUAUGGUACGUCGUCCUUGAUGGACUGGCGAAGAGGCAGGAGUGGGGACUCGCGAACGCAAUGGCCGACGAAGUGUCUGCGCUGGGUAUUGUUGGAGAGAAGUCUUGGUUGAACAGGCUGGUGCAGAGUAUACGCAAGAGGACGCGCAUUGAUAGCUUGAUGGAUGACGCGGAGGGGCAUGAUUAUUAG